GUACUGUAAUGCUGGUGACAAUUCAUCAUAUGGGUCCUGAGCAACCCCGGCCACGGGGCAGCCAGAAGGCCACGUGGCAGGACCUCACAGUCAUGGUGGAGCUGUGUGGCAAGAUCUAGGUUAAAAUAGUGACCCGGAUAAGUGCUGGGCUGGAAGAUGGGGGAAGGCUGGUCUUGACAGUAAAAAUGGAGGAGUUGAACCAGGCUCUGGCUUCCAGCUUCGCAGUAUCUCCGGACCUGAACAGCAUAGCAGCCCCACACCCCCGACUGGCCCAGUACAAGUCCAAGUACAGUUCCUUGGAGCAGGCAGAGAGGAGACGCAAGCUCCUCGAACUUCAGAAAUCUAAGCGAUUGGACUAUGUGAACCAUGCCAGGAGACUGGCAGAGGAUGACUGGACGGGAGCUGAGGCUGAGGAGGGGGAAGAUGCGGGCAAUGAGGAUAUGGAUGUUGACCUGGUCAAGAAGUUGCCAAAGCGCUAUGCCAACCAGCUGAUGCUGUCCGAGUGGUUAAUUGACGUCCCCCCAGAUCUGGAGCAAGAAUGGAUCCUGGUGGUGUCCCCCAUAGGAAAAAGGGCACUGAUUGUGGCAGCCAGGGGCUCCACUGCAGCUUACACCAAGAGUGGAUUUUGUGUCAACAGAUUCCCCUCCCUGUUGCCAGGGGGAAACAGGCGCACCUCGGCAACUGGGAAAGAUUACACAAUCUUGGACUGUAUCUACAGUGAAGUGAACCAGACGUAUUACAUCCUUGAUGUGAUGUGUUGGAGGGGACAUCCUGUUUAUGACUGCCAGACAGAUUUCCGAUUCUACUGGCUUCACUCUAAGAUCCAAGAAGAGGAAGGGCUGGCAGAGAAAAGCAGAAUUAAUCCAUUUAAAUUUGUGGGCCUGCAGAGUUUCCCCUGCACCCCAGAGAGCCUAUGCAAGGUGCUGGCCAUGGACUUCCCCUUUGAGGUAGAUGGGCUCCUCUUCUACCACAAACAGACCCACUAUAGCCCCGGCAGCACCCCGCUGGUCGGCUGGCUCCGGCCCUACAUGGUAUCAGACAUCCUUGGGAUGACUGUGCCAGCGAAUCCGCUAACUACCAAACCAGACUAUGCCGGGCACCAGCUCCAGCAGAUCAUUGAACAUAAGAAGAGUAAAAAGCUGGCAGGAGAAGAGGGAUGCCUGAGCACCACCAAGGAGAUGGCUGAGAAUGGACGUUAUGAGUUGGAACACUUGUCUACCCCUUGUGUGGCAGACGCUCCCAACAGCCAAGUGGAGACAGCAAGCCAGAUGCAGAACUAAACUCCUGUACUGGGACGGUUUUACUGAGGGGGUGGGAGGCCACAGUUCAACUUUCUCGUUUUCCAUGGUUGCUCAUGCUGGCUGGGAGGAGGGUAAUGAAUAUUAUUGGAUGGCUCUGUUUCAAGUCCCUUUAAGGGAAAUAGCACAGCUUUAAUACAGUGUUUGAAAGGACUUUCUCUUCUGUGGAGAUGCGAAGGGUUAGUCCGACCUGUGGAGGAAAUCUGCUGUUGGGAUUAUAGCCUGGGCCAAACUGCAUGGUUAUUCAUUUAGCAUCUGAUCCUGUUCCUGUUGAAAUUCAUGGAAAAACUCCAUUCUGGGAGCAGGAUCCAGGUCCCCUAUACAGAGACGCCUGUUUGUACGCUGAGCACCAAAUACCAGGCCGCAGACACACCUUAUUAGACUGAAAGUCUGGGGCAUUUCCACCUCCAAU